AUGCUCUUCUCAAAGACCCUCGCGCUGGCCAUGGCCUUCGCGCCCGCUGUGCUCGCGGCGCCUACGCCCUCUCAGACCCUCGGCGACCUCACAAGAAGGUACCUCAGCCCGGAUGUCAUCCGGAAGCUCGAGGAUGGCGUGUGCGACCUCUCCAAGGCGGUUAUGCCAAUUGCACCCACCCCUCUCCCUGCUGUAUCAACCGGCCUCACCCUCGGUCACGUCGCCAUCGGCCGCGGCACGCAGAACUACACCUGCGCGUCGUCAACCUCCGCCGACGUCCCCAAGCUGCAAGGCGCAAACGCAACCCUCUACAACGUAACCUGUUACUCCGUCCGCGCACCCUCAGUGCUCGCCUCCAUCCCAGCCAUCGCGCUCACCCAAUCCAUCGACCUCAGCCAGGACGUCCAGAAGUACACCGUCUCAGGCCAUCAUGAGUUCACGGCUGCGGGCGUCCCAUUGUUCGUGCUCAAGACGGACAAGGCCAACUACGGGUACGUGCAGGCGAAGGGCGCGGCGAACAGUACGGCGCCGGAGAGCGCGGUGAAGGGCGAGAACGGGCUGGGCAGCGUACCCUGGCUGAAGCUCAACGCGGUCGAGGGCGACUACAAGGAGAUUUACCGCCUGGAGACGGCGGGGGGCGUGGCGCCUAAGACGUGCGACGGGCAGGCAGCCAAGUUCUACGUGCAGUAUGCGGCCGAGUACUGGUUCUGGAAAUAGGAAGCUGACGGAGAGGGAGACGGCGAGGGGAACGAGGCUGUUGAAUCGGAACGAUAUCCUGUACAGAGCAUUGGGUGGCGUUUUGAAGGUUCUUCCGUAGCGCUCAGCAUUAUUAGUGCUGCGGUCGUUGUCGCUUUGAACCUCUGAUCGGAGUAGACGUGGCCUAGGGUAAUCAGAAUAAUC